AAUAUUAUCGACUCACCUUUAGUCCGUUCACGAAUCUUCUUUCUUAUCGUGCCGAGUACAAAAAUUAUGCAAUUCUUCCAAUAUUUUAUCAUCGCACGAUGGAAAUUUGCACCCGAAAGUCUUAUCUCGAGCCGUUUGUCUAUAAAAGAAUUGAUUUUUUGCUGCCCCGUCAUCAGUUUGUGAUCCAACGCAGGAAAUUUCGCAUCAAAAUGGUCUCGUACGAAGAUAUUUUUGCCAAAAUUGAGGCUCACAUGAAGAAAGCCGAUCCAGCAGCGCCUCGCAAGCAUCCUUAUUCCUUUUCUUUCAAAAUUACCAAGGAUGGAAAAGUUGUGAAAGUUUAUUUUGUUGACUUGAAAAAUCUUAAAUUCGCUGUUGGAGAACAAGCUGCUGAUUGUACGAUCACAUUGGAUCACGAAAUAAUGGUGAAAGUUGGAACAGGCGCAAUGAAGGCAAGUGAGGCUUUGAGCAAAGAUUUGGUUCAAAUUGAUGGACAAGUUGAAUUGGCAAUGGCUUUGGAACAAUUUAUCUCCCAAAUGAAUGCUUAA